AUGCAGUCCAAGUCAAUCGCCAUCUUCUUGUCGGUCUUCUCGUCCGCUCUUGGACAUCCAGCUCUUGGUAGCCGCCAGACUCAAGACUGUGAUGCCGUCCAUGUCUUCCUCGCGCGAGGAACCAGCGAGGACUAUCCUGGCAGGCAGAUCAGCGUCGUGAAUGCAGUCUGCAAUGGUGUUAGCAGCUGCGGUUAUGAAGAUAUCCAAUACCCUGCCUCUUUCGUUCCCGACUAUUGCACGUCUGUCGGUGUCGGCGUGGUCAAUGGGACAUCUCAGAUCACCGCAUACGCAACCCGAUGCCCGAAUGCACAGCUAGUGCUGUCAGGCUACUCCCAGGGUGCGCAAGUUGUUGGCAACAUUCUCGGAGGUCAAUCUGGUGGUUCUACGGGCUGUACCACCCAGGACUCUACUGGCUUGGAUCCUUCAUCAUCACCAGCAGUUCAAAUUGUGGCGGCUGCUUUCUUCGGCGAUGUGACGCAUGUAGGAAAUCAAACAUACAAUGUCGAAUCCGGGGCACCUUUCGAUGGGAUCUACCCCAGGACAGGAACGCAGCUCGAGCGCCUCAACGAGUUCUCCACGAAGCUUCGGUCCUGGUGUUUGGCGGAUGAUCCUGUGUGCGCCCUAGGUAACGACGGGGCCGCCCAUACUAGCUACUUCACCCUCUUCUCAGAGGAAGCUGGAGCAUGGGUUCAGACGAAGCUGACGCUGUAG